CGCCGGCUGUGGGCGUCACCUUCCCCGUUGUAUGUGCGAGUCGACGCCAUUUCGUGUCCACUGGUUUCAAGGUGAUACAAUCAGCCUGCAGAGCCGGAUCUUUACCCACUCAAGUAAAAACAGCGUUGAAUUUUACUCAUUUUUAGUAUUAAGCUCCUGUUUUUGAAGCCACUUUUUUGAACGGCGGCGAAUCGUGUAUUAGAUGUCUCCACACGGUCACCGACUCAUAGCUCUCCGACGACCCUCUUCUCUCCAACAGACUCACACAGGCAGGCAGACCUCCACCGAGCCGAGUACAGACACAAUGGAUUGGUCGUCGUCCUCCGACUCCAGCCUGAUGGCCAGCAGCAACGUGACCAACAAGACCGACCCGCGCUCCCUCAACUCCCGCGUCUUCAUCGGCAACCUCAACACCCUGCUGGUCACCAAGGCCGACGUGGAGGCCAUCUUCUCCAAGUACGGCAAGGUCGUGGGCUGCUCCGUCCACAAGGGCUAUGCCUUCGUCCAGUACUCCAAUGAGAGGAACGCACGGGCCGCCGUGGCCGGCGAGGACGGACGCAUGAUCGUGGGACAGGUGCUAGAUAUCAACCUGGCAGGCGAGCCGAAACCUCACAGAUCGAAGACGGUGAAGCGUUCUGCGGGAGACAUGUACAGUUCAUCUCUUGACUUGGACUAUGACUUUCAAAGAGAUUACUACGAUAGGAUGUACUCGUACCAGUCCCGGGUGCCUCCCCCCCCCCCACCACUGUCCCGUGCCGUCAUCCCCUCGAAGCGUCCGAGGGUCAGUCUGAGCGGCGGAGGGAGCCGGCGGACCAAAACCAGCUUCUCCUCCUCCAAGAGCAGCCAGAGGUCCUCCCGUACGAUGAAGGUGGACGACCUGCAGACCAUCAAGAGAGAGCUCACGCAGAUCAAACACAAGGUGGACUACCUGCUGGAGAGCCUGGAGCGCAUGGAGAAGGACCACAGCAAGAAGUCGGAGAUGAAGAGCAAGCCGGAACCAGGCGAGGUGUCCUCCCUCAACUCCUCCACCUCCAGCAAGAAGGAUGACAGCCUGAAGCGCGACAGAGAGAGCCAGGAGCUGAACGACUCUGAGGACGAGGGAGAUCUGCUGGAGGACGACGACGAGAUGAAAAGCAGAGGGAGAGAGGAGGACGAGGAGGAGGAGGAGGGCGAGCAGGAGGAAGGAGAAGACGACGGCGAUAGCGCCAACGGAGACGACUCCUAAACACCACACAGGCACACACACAAGCACACACACACAUGCGCGUACACAAAACUUUUGUGUAUGAUUGUAUAUCUCCACACCAGACUCGUACACAGUGGUCAUGUGCUCAUAUCUGCUGAAUUGACUGGACAUUUCUACACAGUAUUGUAGAUAUUGCUCUCUCUCUCUCUCUCUCUCUCUCUCACGCACAUAUGCAAAUUCAUAAAACAUGUCAAGUAUUUGUUUCUGGAUUCUCCACUGUUUAUUUCAAAUUGCUAAUUUGAUGUUCGGAUUCUUUUUUUUUUGUUGUUUUGUUGUUAUUUACGUUUGUAUGGACAUUUUUUUUUUUCCGUUGGAUAAAUCCAAACUCUAAUAUGUGACAUUUAGACAACACUCAAGUUCAAUUGAGGAUAAACUUAACAUUUUCUAAUACUGUAUGUUUGAACUCAGGGCCGUUACACUAAAACAUAAAAGCAGUUAAGGCCCUGUUACUAUUUUACUUUAGAUUUUUUUUUUUCUCUUUUUUUUUAGACGACUGUGUUGAAUUGAUGCCCAGAUAUUAACGAAUUACCACCUGGCAGCGGCUGACGUUGCAAUAAAUUGGGAUUAAGAACAAAAUACCAGACAUGGCACUUACAGCCCCAGAAAUGUAAACAUUUUAAAUAUAUUCCGCAUCCAGCUGCUGUACAGCUGCCUCCCAGCCAGCAGGUGGCAGUGUAUCACAACAACUGGCCACAAUAGAGGCCACAAGGACUUAUUUCUGUUGAUCACAGAAAAUCUUCACCGUCUGCUCUUCAGAUAACAUGAGCGCAUACAAAGCGUCUCACCGGAUUGCACAAACGCUCGGAGAAAACCCCUCUCGCUCUGUAGAAUAUUUCUGUUUGUUGCUGAGGUUUUUUGCAACCUUACCUGACCUUGACUUGUGUAAUGCAGUGCUACUCCAUGAUUGUUUCCGAUGAUGUUUUUCUUUUUUUUUUUUUUUCUUCAUCCGACUGCACUGGUGAAAGUAAAUAAAACAUGUUUUCCAAGUUGAAA